AUGGGAAAUCUUGGUUUACCACGAGUGCGUAUGUACUGGGAGCCAAAAUUCGCCAUCCCAUUAAUUUCGGAAAAUAUGAUUUCAAAUAGAUUUUUUAAAUUGAGAAAUAAUUUACAUUUUAUAAUCGAUAUAGACCCGAAUACUAAUGAUAGGUUUUGGAAGGUGAGGCCUUUAUAUGAAGCUAUACGAAAAUAUUGUGCUAGUUUACAGCUAGAAUCAACAUUCAGUGUUGAUGAACAAAUGGUCCCUUUUAAGGGACAAUUAAAUGUAAAACAAUAUAUUCAAAACAAACCAACCAAAUGGGGCGUAAAAUUAUUUUGUUUAUGUGGAAUAUCAGAAAUGAUUUACGAUUUUAUAAUUUAUCAAGGAUCUACCACGGAAAUUAGGCCAGAAUAUUCUCAAUUUAGACAAAGUGCAUCUUUAGUAAUGCAGUUAUCCGAAAGAAUUAAUGUGCCCAACUGUACAUUAUUUUUUGAUAACUAUUUUGGCUGUUUGAAUGGUGGAAAAAUCGAAAUAUUUAUGCUGCCGGUACAAUUAGAGUUGAUGAAACCCCCAUUUACUACCGAUAAAGAAAUUAAAAAACACCACAGUAGAGGCUACAUGGAAAAUUUAAUUUGUAAUACGUCUGGAGUGGUGUUAACAAAAUGGUAUGAUAAUUCAAGUGUAGUUCUGGCUUCAAAUUUUUGUGGUAUAGGACAAGUUGACCAAUGUCGACGUUAUGACAAAAAAAAUAAAAAAUACUGGACUUUACGCCUCAUAACUCAUGGAAUUGAUAUAGCUGCAGUGAAUUCAUGGAUUGAGUAUAAAAAAGAAGCAAAAUCUUUAGGACUUCACGAAAAAAAAAUCCUAGAUCUUAUACACUUUAGACAGUACUUGGCUGAAGCGUUAAUUUUAUCAGGUAAACCCGUUACAAAAAAAAGAGGUCGUCCUGGUAAUAGUUCGUCCACAUCUAUUUCACCUUCAUCAACACCAAAAACUAAACAGCAACGACCAAUUAAUGAUGUGCGAUUUGAUGAUAUAGGACAUACACCAGUAUUCCUGGAUAAGAAAGAGGCUGGAAGAUGUGAGAAUUAUGGUUGUAAAUCUAAAACGUAUCAUUUUGGUAAAUCCAAAAUAACAUGGAGAUGUUCAAAAAGGUCCUCCUUUAAAUGUAUGGGAGAAUUAUAUACUAACGUUCAAAAAGAAGACCCUGUAUUGAAGUUCAAUCAUAACCACUUAGGAGAUAGUGAAAAGGUAGRUGUGGAAAAAGCACUAUGCAUUAUGAAAGAACAAUCAAAAAGUGGCCUAUCUAAGCCACUAGAAGUAUAUGCAGAAGGAAAGGAAUUGCUAAAUGAGUGGUGCACUACAGAUCAUCCUGAGUAUGAAAAUCUUUUAAUUUUUGACAAUGGCUUUGAUUCUGAACAAAGGAUUUUGAUUUUCGGCACUGUAGAAGGUAUGAACAAUUUAUCAAAAUCCAGUACUUGGUAUUUAGAUGAAUUAACAACUUACUUCUAA